CGCAACAUGCAGCUUGACUUCUCGCAGUCGAAGAAACAGCGUGAAGAGGAGACAGAAACAGAAACAGCACAUCAGUCCCGCUAAGAGGAACUACCAGAGCGAUGGGAUUCCAACGACAAGUGUAGUUUGAUAUUUCCUUUUUGCUUUGAUGUUAUUAUAUGUAUAUUUUUCCCCCCAAGCAAUAGUCAUUCGUAAACUCGGGGAACUUUUACUAUUGACCCACUUUGUGUCGGAUGCUGAGAUGCGCACAAAGUGACAGACAGCGAUCCUUGUGUCUUCUUCUGUCCCCAGCGACCAAUCAAAACGCAAUGAAAGACGACUUUGCAGACGAGGAGGAAGUACAGUCUUUUGGAUACAAGCGCUUUGCCAUCCAGGAGGGCACCCAGUGCACGAAGUGUAAGAAGGAAUGGGCGCUGAAAACCUCCAUAGCCUUGCUCUAUGUGCUGUGUACGCUCCUAACCGUCGCCGUUGCUGUACUGGGAUAUAAAGUGGUGCAAAGAGUUGACAGCGUUUCUGAAGGCAUUGCCAAUUAUGGGGGGAAGAUUAUCGCCGUGGAGACUGACUUGAAAAAGCUCGAUGACCAGAGUGGGGAUAAGUCCGAGAACGCCACCACAGCCAUCCAUGCCUUCAAGAGUAAGGUGUUGGCCCUCCAGAGGCAGCUGUCCGCCAUGGAGGAGCACCUCCACGGUGAUCAAGCCAAGCUGAGCCAACUGCAAAACCUCGGAUCGGAAAUCCAGAGCAAUCAAGCCUCGAUUCGGGAACUUCUGGACAGCAACACGGCCGCCUUGCAUUUUGUCAACGGCACCUUGCACUCCUACGGCGGUGUCCUCGGGGGUCUGCAGGACGACACGACCCGGCUGCAGAGAGAGCUUCAGCAGCAAGUGAAGCUCCAGAAUCAAGUCUUACUGAGCAUCGGCGGCCUGAACCUCACUCAGGCACAGCAGCGCGGCCUUAUCGAGGCUCUGCACCGCUCGGUGGAUGACACCAGUCAGAACAUCCAGAAAGUUCGCAAUGACUUUCAAAGUCUGGAGCAGUCCACCAGACAGACACUCACUGAUACCGAGUGGCUUCGGAGUAAAGUCUACAACCUGCAGGUUCUGGCAACGAAUGCCUCUGUGCUCUCCAAAGCCAACAACGACAGCCUGGAGGAGGUCGGAUCCCAGCUGGCCUUUGUCUCCAGCCAAUUGCAGAACACCAGCAACUUGGCAGACGCCCAUGACCAGUCCCUGAAGGAGAUCCUGGACCAGCAGAGGGACUUCAGCAAUCUCACGUUGUCUAAAUUUGAGCGUCUGGAGGUGCGACUAGACGAAUCGGAGCAGGGCCUGGACCGCGUGACGGGCAACGUCAGCUUCAGCACGCAGCUUCUGGGCGCCAUCAACCGCAACCUCAACGCCCUGCGCGGUUGCUCCGACACAGUCGGUCGCCACUCUGACUUGCUGAUGAGCCUCAACGGCAGCGUGGCCGACAUGAGGGCGGAUGCGUCCGGACUGCGAUCCCAGCAGGAGGACUUGGCGGCACGCUUGGAUAAAGAGGUCACCAGCCUCUCCAUCAUCAUGGAGGAGAUGAAGCUGGUGGACACCAAGCACUCCCAGCUGAUCACGAAUUUCACUAUUCUACAGGGUCCUCCUGGUCCCAGAGGGCCACGGGGCGACAAAGGACCUCCAGGACCAACUGGUCAAUCAGGUCAGAAGGGAGAGAAAGGGGACAAAGGUGCCUCGGGGAUAAGAGGGCCAAGAGGAGAGCAAGGUAUUCCGGGCCCGCCAGGUCUUCCAGGCUUAAGGGGCCUUCCGGGUGUCCCAGGCAACCCAGGGUCUAAGGGUCCCAGGGGUUCCGGUGGAAGGGCUGGACCUCCUGGAAGUAAAGGCGAGCCGGGCACCGCCGGUCUGCCAGGUAGAGAUGGCCAGCCUGGUCCUCAGGGGGCGCAGGGGCCCCCAGGCAUCCGGGGUCCAAUAGGGCCGGCUGGAGAGCAGGGGCCGAGGGGACUGCAGGGACCAGUUGGGCCUCCGGGGCCUGUGGGACCACCUGGACCAUCGGGGGUCCCCAUCCCCUUGAGCCCAGUGUCACUCCAAGAUGAGGCAGUCCCUCUGACACUGGGGGCUCCAGGUUGUCCACCCGAAUGGCUUCAUUACAGGAACAAGUGCUACUUGUUCUCCAAAGACUCGCGCAGCUUUGAUGAAGCAAAGGCCGCUUGUGAACGAAGCUCGUCUUCGUUGUUGAUCAUCCACGACAUGGACCAACAGGAAUGGCUGCAGAAGCAGACGAGCGGCAAGGGCUACUUCUGGAUGGGUCUGACCGACCAGGCAGAGGAGAACGUGUGGCGCUGGCUGGACGGCAGCCAACCGGCUUUCACGAAGUGGAAGCCCGGCCAGCCCGACAACUGGGGCCACGGCCACGAGAGCGGCGAGAACUGCGCCGGCCUCAUCCACGAUGGCCUCUGGAACGAUUUCUUCUGUGAAGAUCUCAUAAGCUACAUUUGCCAGAAGCCACAGAUGGGCACGCCAGGGAUCUCGUAGCAGCAAAGGUGGGACAAGUUUGGGCGGCAGCUAGACCGGACAUCGUGCAGGUUCUGGUCCACACACAAAGGGACACACGCAUUUGGGAUACGAGCGGCUUGAGUGCAAUACAGCAGAAGCGCCAAAGGAAGGACAAUCUUUUUUUUUUUUUUUUUUUUUUUUUUUUAAUAUCUUGCGUAUUUUCUACAAUUCUACCCAGUGUUUGAUCUACAUUUUAAUGUGCAACUGAAUAUCUGAAUGUAUAUUUCACUAUGCAACUGUACCAAUCGAGCAAUUCCUUCAGUAUGAAAAAAAUAUGUUUUCAUUCAUUGUUGAAAAAUGAUUUUUGACGCGAUUAAAAGGUGAGAAAC